CCUACUGCACGCACUUCAGCUUAUUAGAACUUAACUAGCGACAAUGGUCUGACGGAUCUUGGCCAACUCAGUUUGGAAAUAAAAUUGUGUCUUGAAAUAAUCAUCAUGUCGAGCAUGUUCAUGUCGUCUCGGAUGUUGGGAGCACAGAUCUUGAGAAAUCCUUCGUUUUGCAAGCAAAUAAACUUCGCGCUCAAAUGUCGCGGCUUCUGCAGAAUGACAGUGCGCCCUCAACGUCACCAAACAGAGCAGCCACACUCGAGUUCCUUAAAUCAUCAGCGGCUUGAGGCCUUACGGGCGCCCGCUUUCAACAAGGGUACAGCGUUUACGUUGCAUGAACGCCAAGCCCUAGGCAUACACGGUCUUCUCCCGCCGACAGUUUGCACUCCAGAUCUACAAGAACAACGAUCGCUGAAGAACAUCAGAGGACAGGCCAGUGACCUGGAUCGCUAUAUACAGCUGAUUGACCUACAGGAUCGUAAUGAGAAGCUGUUCUAUCGAGUGGUCUGCAACAAUCUGGAGGAGAUGAUGCCCAUCGUCUACACACCCACCGUGGGCCUAGCCUGCCAGCGAUAUGGACUCAUCUUCCGUAGGCCUCGUGGACUUUUCAUCACCAUACAUGACAAGGGACACAUCGCGGAUAUCCUGGCGGCUUGGCCUGAGCGCAAUGUCAAGGCCAUUGUGGUUUCAGACGGCGAACGGAUUCUUGGACUUGGUGAUCUAGGGAGUUAUGGUAUGGGAAUACCCGUCGGCAAGCUGGCUCUGUACACGGCCAUCGCUGGGGUGCAACCAUCUCAGUGCCUGCCUGUUAUACUAGACGUGGGAACAGACAACCAGACAUUGCUGGAUGAUCCAUUGUACCUUGGCCUGCGUGAGAAGAGAGACCGAUCACCUGCCUACGAUGAACUGAUUGAUGAGUUUAUGGAAGCUGUGGUCAACAGGUAUGGUCAUAAUUGCCUGAUCCAGUUUGAAGACUUUGGCAACCGGAACGCAUUCCAACUCCUGAAUAAAUACCGUAACCGCUACUGCACCUUUAACGAUGACAUUCAGGGUACUGCGUCGGUUGCUGUGGCUGGUAUCCUGACCAGUCUGCGCAUCACAGGCAAGAAGCUACAGGACAAUACAUUCCUGUUCCAGGGAGCCGGUGAGGCAUCUAUCGGCAUUGCCAACCUCAUUGUGGCUGCUAUGGAAGCAGACGGCAUCCCGGCGGAUGAGGCCAGAAAACGCAUCUGGCUCAAGGACUCAAAGGGGCUCAUCUGUAAGGAUCGUCCAGUAGGAGCCGUCGACGGACACAAGGAGCUCUACGCUCACCCCCAUCAGCCAAUGAAGGAUCUGGAACAGAUAGUCCAAUCCAUCAAACCGACUGUGCUGAUCGGCGCUGCAGCUAUUGCCAGAGUCUUUACGGAAAAGAUCCUACGAGACAUGGCAUCAUUCAACGAGCGUCCAAUCAUCUUUGCUCUGAGCAAUCCCACCAGCAAAUCUGAAUGCACUGCUGAAGAGGCUUACACCUACACUGACGGCAGGUGUGUAUUUGCCAGUGGCAGCCCCUUCCCUUCACACACCCUCCCGGAUGGGCGUGUCAUGUAUCCAGGCCAGGGUAAUAACUCCUACAUCUUCCCGGGCGUGGCUUUGGGCGUGGUCCUCUUUGGGGUGAGGCACAUCUCGGAUGAAUUGUUCCUGGAGGCUGCCAAGAGUCUGGCCUCCAUUGUGACAGACAAUGACCUCAAAGAGGGGCGUGUCUACCCUCCCCUGCAACAAGUCCGCGAGGUCUCGGUCAAGCUGGCAGUGCGCACGGCUGAGUAUGCAUACGAGACAAACGUCGCGUCCCGUUACCCCCGACCGGACAACUUGGAGCAGUUUGUCCGCAGCCGGAUGUAUGACUACACGUACGAUUCCUUUGAGCCUCUGUUCUAUAAUUGGCCAAAGAAGUAGAGAGGUCACAGGUCAAGGUGGUGAAAUGAGGUCAGAUUGGUGAGGAGAGGUCAGGUUGGAGUGGGUUUUCUUUGAUUGUAUUACACCCCUGUGACCUUGGGUUGGAAACCCUGAAGGAAUUAUUUGAUAACAAUGGAGUGUUUCGAUACUUUCCGAAGAGACUAUGAGACGGUCUAACCAGGGCCCAAUUUCAUAGCACUGCUUAACAGCCGAUUUUGUGCCAACAGAGCCUCUGUCUACUUCAUGUAGACUGUAAGCAGUAAGCACAGCAAAAGGCAUGCUUAACCGUAGAGGAAAAAGUUGCUUAAAUCAGUGACAUAACAGUAGAAAUCUCCAGCGCGCAACCUUUAGAACUUCCACGCCAUGACAUAGUGCUUAAGCAGCAGCAUGGUUUUGUGCUAUAGUUAACAGAACUUUUACGCUAACUGUUAAGCAGCGUCAUGAAAUUGGGCCCAGAUAAUGAUUUCAUGGAGAUGCUGAAGACACAAACUUGCUUAGCACAGAAAACAGGUUGCCAUCCAAAAUUCCAUUGGAUGUGCAUUGGCUGCAACUGGUACCCAUCUGACUUUUGCUUAGCAGUAGUAUUUUUCAGCUAAGCAAAAGGGAAAUUGUGUCCUAGAAAGUAAUAACUGUAAUAAAUUGCUUUGUUAUAAUAUUUUAAAGGAAUUAUACAUUCUUGGACAAAAUGUGCAGUCUUUUAAUGUUCUUUAUUAGCUAACAAAAAGGAACACUCGACUUAGUUUUCUGAUGGUGACUAGUCAUUCUUAUGCGUGGUAGCAUCUUGAUGUAGAACAUGAAGAUUUGCAAUUUAAAUCGGUGAUAGAUAUCUUUAAUACAAAAUUUUAUGCAAAGAAAUAGCUCUAGUUUGAUGUGAAAAAAA